AUGGGAAAUUGCUGUAGACGUGGUUCAUCGGUGACGGUGUGGGCUGGUGACGACUGGGGAUCGGUGGGACAAGAGAUGAAGAGAUCUCAUAAGAAACAUAACACAAUCCUAGAAAGGCAGAAGCUCCUCGGCGAAGAGACAGGAAGGUCUAGUACUUCAAGUUCUUGUCCGAGGGAGGUGAAGAUUAAGAUUACAAAGAAAGAGCUUGAAGAGUUAAUGGCGAGAGUUGAGUUGCAGGGUUUGUCAAUGGAACAAGCUGUUGCUGGUUUGAUCAAGUCAGGUGAUAAAUUUGAAAUAAUGGAGAUGGAUCAUCAUCAUAGGUCUUGGAAACCUGCCCUCCAAAGUAUUCCAGAGGUGAACUAG